UGACCUUCUUCCCAGCAGUGUUAACUCUCCCUGCUGGCAGCUCAGCCACCUUCUUCUGCAAUAUUUCCAUGGAGAAUGACUCUGGCUCGGAGUACAGCCUCAAUUGGUACAAGGAGACCAACCACAGCCAAACCCAAAAAAUCGCUGAGAUCAGCCGGAACAACCCCCAAACGAAGACAGGGAAGUACCUGCUCACCAACCACACUCCUGCCUUCAAGAUCAAGAUCCUGAACCUCCACCAGAACGACUCAGGCUCCUACUACUGCGGACUGAUCACCUUCUUUGAACCCGAUAAAGUGAUGGAGAGCAACCGGUCCCACCUGGUGGUCACAGCAGCCCCUGAAAAGAUGAAUGCCACUGACGAGCCCGAGAUGGAGGAAGGCAACACCCUGGACCACAUCAAGGCCGUGCUCCUGGGCAUCCUGCUGCUGGCUGGGGCGGUUGUGCUGCUGAUCUUUGGCUACCUCACUGUCACGUACAGGAGAGGAGAUGUGCAGAAACCACCAAGUGAAAACAUGCCAGCGAAGGAAGAGAAGCCUCCUGGGGCAUCCGUGUCCACUGUGGACUAUGGCGUGCUGGAGUUUCAGUGGGACCAGCGCACCCAGGUCCUCCCCGCGACCCAGCCAGUUGACCAGACCGAAUAUGCCACCAUCAUCUUCCCAGAGGAGAAACCCAUCACACCGGAGCGGGGGAAGAAACAUCAGGAUGAGAGGACUUGGCAGCUGCAGUCGCAGCCCUGCUGA